CCGGAGAACUCUCUCCCCCGACCCGCGCUGCUGGGGUCAAGGAUGAGCGAGGUGCAGACGCGGGGCGGCCGGGGCCCAGGCGGAGGGGUACACCGGCCGUGGUGUCCACGAUCGGCGGCACAUCGCACACACCCGUUUCCACGGCUCGCGGAGGUCGCAGCCGCGGAGGCUCCUGGGCGCGCACAUCCGGGUCCCGGCGCGCGCACGCGUAGCCGCCCCAAACAUGGCCGCCGCCUCGCGCUCGUCUGCCUUGCCGCCUGAGCCUGAGACAUGAGAUUGAAAAUGACAGAAUAUUUCUGAGGAAGAACCAACCUGUGACGUGGAAAUGGAAGGAUUUACAAGAGAGGGUCCCCAUCUUUCCAUUCUAGGUGAUAAUUGGGACUGUAAGAACCGGGAGGGUUAUUUGAGGCAAUCAGCUUUAACUCAGGAGAAACCAGGGGCUCAGGAAGCAAUCUGUCAAUAUUCUGGACUUGGAGAGCAUUUGAGUGCAAGCUCAGACCUUCUGCCAUCUAAGAGAGUACCUACAAAUGGUUUUCAUAUAUGUGAUUCAGAUGUUAAAAGUUUGGAUUGUGACCCAGCUUUACAGAGUUGUCAGAAAAAUUAUGUAGCUAAGCGAAAUAGUGACAGUGACACAUGUGGAAAAGCCUUCAACCACUCUGUGGAAGUUUUUCAACUUGGAAGAGAUCAAACGAGAGAGAAACCUUAUAAAUACCCUGAAAGUGGUAAAUCUUUCAACCAUUUUACCCCUCUUGGUGAAGAAAAAAUAGUGAAAAGAGGGAAGAAACUGUAUGAAGGUAAGGACUUUGGGGACAUCUUUACGCUGAAUUCAUCUCUUAAUGAAAACAGGAGGAAUCACCUUGGAGAGAAACUGUAUAAAUGCACUGAAUGUGGCAAAUGCUUCAAACGGAACUCUUCUCUUGUUCUGCAUCACCGAACUCACACUGGAGAGAAACCUUAUACCUGUAAUGAAUGUGGAAAAUCAUUUUCCAAGAACUAUAACUUGAUUGUGCAUCAAAGAAUCCAUACAGGAGAGAAGCCCUAUAAAUGCAAUAAAUGUGGGAAAGCCUUCAGUGAUGGGUCAGCUCUCACACAACACCAGAGAAUUCACACUGGUGAGAAACCUUAUGAAUGUCUAGAAUGUGGGAAAACCUUCAACCGAAAUUCGUCUCUGAUUUUGCAUCAAAGGACUCAUACAGGAGAAAAACCAUAUAGGUGUAAUGAGUGUGGAAAACCUUUCACCGACAUCUCCCAUCUCACUGUGCAUCUCAGAAUCCACACUGGGGAAAAGCCCUAUGAAUGUAGCAAAUGUGGAAAGGCUUUCCGGGAUGGCUCAUACCUUACCCAGCAUGAGAGGACUCACACUGGAGAGAAACCCUUUGAAUGUGUGGAGUGCGGGAAGUCCUUCAACCGAAACUCUCACCUCAUUGUACAUCAAAAAAUCCACUCUGGGGAGAAACCCUAUGAAUGUAAAGAGUGUGGGAAAACAUUCAUUGAGAGUGCUUACCUCAUUCGGCACCAGAGGAUUCAUACUGGUGAGAAGCCCUAUGGCUGUAACCAGUGUCAGAAACUUUUCAGAAACAUUGCUGGCCUCAUCCGGCACCAGAGGACUCAUACUGGUGAGAAGCCCUAUGAGUGUAAUCAGUGUGGCAAAGCUUUCAGGGAUAGCUCCUGUCUGACCAAGCACCAGAGAAUUCACACAAAGGAGACCCAUACCAGUGUCCUGAAUGUGGAAAGUCCUUCAAGCAGAACUCUCACCUUGCAGUACAUCAGAGACUCCACAGCAGAGAGGGUUCCAGCCAGUGUCCUCAGUGUGGGAAGACAUUCAGAAGGAGCUCUUCCCUCAUCCGACAUCAAAGAACACACUCUGGAGAACAACCCAUGGAAAUAUGAUGAAUGUGGGCCACAUUCGUCUCCUGCCUUGGUCUCAGAAAGCUGAAUGAAGGAGGAAUGUCUUCAGGGGUAGAACAGGAGUCUUUGAGCUACCCAGUGAAUUACUGAAUGUGAGGCUUUCCUUAGCCAUACUGUUAAAUCUGUACAGUAAGCAACUCCUGGGGAAAGCAGGAUGGUAAUAAGUGUAGAAAAGCCUUCAGGAAUUAUGUAGCCAAUACCAAAUGUAACAGCACACACACUGGAAUAAAAUCUGUGAAUGUCAGCAAGAUGCUUCCUGGAGAUGCGUCAGAGUGCUUAAACAGUAAAGAGGCUGUGAACGCAUUCAGUAAGUAAUUGGUCUGUGGAACUCGUUAAUAAGGAAUGUCAGCCUCGUACAUAAGCAAACUCUUAGUAGGAUCCAGUAUAAUCAGUGAGAAAAGCUUUUGGCAGCUCAUACCGUCUACUCUGUGUCAGCGAAGACAUCCUGGUGAUAGCCUGCACACAAUUCUCUACCCUAUGGCAACCACAGAACUGUAGUUAGAUUUUGCUGUUUGUAUGUCUGCCUCUGUCACAAUCCUCUCAAGCACAAAGGAUUUGUUUCGGAAGGGGCGACUGGAUGAGGUUGUUGCUUGUGAGUCAACAAUGAAAUUGUCCCUGUGAGGACUGAAGCUGGCUUGUACCAAGAUGGAAAGGGCUGCUUUUGAGAAAUGGGAUGUGUUAUUUUAGUUGUGGAAAUAAAAAUAUAAUGAGUUCCUAUGUUUCUGUUAUCACCUCCCCCCAUUGUUCAUCCAGGACAUUUCUAAUUUGUUCUAUGCAGUCAUGCUGAACCGUAAUUAUGAAGGUUUUGUUACCGUGCUGAAAAUGCUUAUAAUAUGGUAGGCAAGAACAACAGUAAAAGAGGCGUAAAAUAGAAGACUUGCUGUUAUUACUGCCAUGUAAAGGUAUGUACACAUGUGGAUGUAGACUGGAUAUUGGUCAUGGAGAAAUAAAUGUGGUUUUCUUGGGGCCUACAA